AUGGCUGAAUUUCUAUGGACUUUUGCUAUUCAAGGAGUUCUGAAGACAAUUGUGAAAUAUGGAGCAGAGCAAAUUGGUGCUGCAUGGGAUCUUCAACAGAUUGUUUAUGAAGCUGAUGAUCUACUGGAUGAGCUUAUUUAUGAAGAUCGUCGACGACAAACUGUGGAACAAACAAGAAAAUUGAGAAAGGUACGUGAUUCCAUUUCCAUCUCGCCGUCCACAAAUCCCUUUUUGUUUCGUUGCAAGAAGGCCAAGAAACUGAAGAACAUUACUCAAGCUUUGUGCAAACAUUAUUGUGCGGCAAGUCCUUUAGGACUAGUUAGUAAUGAAUCCAACACCAUAGGAACAGAGGCUGCUCUUAAGCAAAUUCGAGAAACAACCUCAAUGCUUAACUUCCAAGUUGAAGGAAGGGAAGCUGAAGUUUUAGAGAUACUGAAAUUGGUGAUUGACUCUAGUGAUGAACAUCAUAUGUCAGUGAUAUCCAUUGUUGGAAUGGGUGGUCUUGGAAAAACAACUUUGGCCAAGAUGGUCUUCAAUCAUGAAGACAUUAAAGGACAUUCUGACCAAAUGAUAUGGGUUUGUGUGUCUAAACCCUUCAAUGUCAUGAAAAUUUUGGAAGAAAUCUUUCAAUCCAUGACAGAUACUUGUAGUGGCUUGAAAUCUAAGGAGGCCUUGCUUCGGAGGCUCCAAACAGAAAUGCAAGACAAAAAGUAUUUUCUCGUACGUGCUUGA